UGAAAAGAUGAAAGACAAAGUUGACCUCGGCGGAAUUUGAACUCAGAACAUAACGGCAGACGAAAUACCUAUUUAUUUACUACCCACAAGGGGCUAAACAAGGACCGACGAAGGGACUGAGUCGAUUAUUUCGGCGCUCAGUGCGAAACUGGUACUUUAUUUAUCGACCCCGAACGGAUGAAAGGCAAAGUUUACUUCGGCGGAAUUUGAACUCAGAACGUAACGUCGCACGCAUUAUACAUAAAGAAUAUUUUAGUUUCCAGUAUUUUAUUGUUUGACACUUGGUUUUUAGCCUCUUUCAUCUACCACUUCACUCAUCUCACAACACUAUAAUUUGUGAAACGUUUCUAUUAUCUGACGACAUUGGCAUUAAAGAAGAGUUUACAUUAGAUACAUCAUCGUUAUCAACUUUCAUUAAUGAAAAGAUGUUUAUACAGAACAGCCUUAAUCCAGUCGAUACAAAUCCGAACUCUUGACCAGUUGUAAACUUCUCAUAGCGAUUCCAGAAAUGAUUCUGAGUUUGUAUGCUAAUUAAACAUAAACUACAUAUUAGAGUGGCACUUGUAAUCAUCAACAUCGUUUAACGUCCGCUUUCCAUGCUAGCAUGGGUUGGACGGUUCGACCGGGGUCUGGGAAGCCAGGAGGCUGCACCAGGCUCUAGUCUGAUCUGGCAGUGUUUCUACAGCUGGAUGCCCUUCCUAACGCCAACCACUCCGUGAGUAAUAGCUUUACGUAUUGACAAAGGCUGCAGUUGGUGGAAAUAUGACCGUGGAAACAUGUUAGGAGUCAAUUAAGAAAAAAAUAUAAAGACAUCUGAAUGUUGUCAUGACAGAAGAAGAAGAAUUAUGGAAAAUGAAUUGUCUGAGAAGAGGGUUAAAUUUAAAACAGAAUCAAAAAGGAUUGAUUCAGCUGAUGGUGUAAAGAAACGAACAGGCAAAAUAUACUGUUGUGAUAUCUGUACAAAAAUAUUCUCUCAAAAAUGCAACCUUGAUGUACACAAACGUAUUCACACAGGAAACAAACCGUAUCACUGUGAUAUCUGUGAUAAAUCAUUCUCUCACAAAGGUACUUUAACAUCUCACAAACGUAUUCAUACAGGAGAAAAGCCAUAUGACUGCGAUAUCUGUGGUAAAUCAUUCUCUCAGAAAGGUCACCUAAUUACUCACCAACUUAUUCACACAGCGGAAAAACCACAUCAUUGUGAUAUCUGUGGUAAAUCGUAUUCACGUGGGAUCACCUUAACUAGACACACACGUAUUCACACUGGCGAGAAACCAUAUCACUGUGAUAUCUGUGGUAAAUCGUUCUCGCAAAAAGGCCACCUACUUACUCACCGGCGUAUUCAUACUGAAGGAAAACCAUAUCACUGUGAUAUCUGUGGCAAAUCUUUCUCUCGUGAAAAUAAUUUAACUAGGCAUGAACGUGUUCAUUCAGGAGAGAAACCAUUCCAGUGUGAUGUCUGUGGUAAGUCAUUCUCUGAAUGCAGUGUCUUGACUUUGCACGUACGUAGUCACACAGGAGAGAAACCAUAUCGCUGUGACACCUGUGGUAAAUCAUUCUCUGUAACAAGCACCUUAACUAAACACAAACUCACUCACACAGGAAUAAAACCAUAUCUCUGCGAUGUCUGUGGGAAAUCAUUCUCUCAAAAAAUUCACUUAACUACACAUGUAGGUAUUCAUGCGGAAAAGUGAUUGUAUUACUGUUAAAAUUAAGACUAUUAAAUAAAAUCCUUCAUAUCUGCCAUU